AUUUAUGAUUCCUUUUUUCCCCUUAAUUGAAGCAUUGUUUCUUGUUUGUCUUGUUUUACUAAUAUCCGUUUGUUCAUUUUCUAUUCCUUUUGCUAUAUUGAAAAUCAAGGUUUUUGAAAUCUAUUCCAUCAUAAGUCGCCAUCCCCCACCAUUUCGAGUUAAAUGGAGAGAUUUGCAGGCUUUUGGUACACUGGUGUGUAGUGAUGAAAGAUUUUGAAUGUGCGUACAAGAUGGUUAAUGAAUUGCAGAAAAAGUAUUACAAAUACAAAACAACCAUGUAUAAUGCCAUUAUGGCAAGAUAUUUUUUCGAGAAAAACAUCAUUGGUGGGUUGAGGGUUCUCAAACAAAUGCGAGAUGCCAACAUAAAGCUCGAUUCAUACACUUUCAGCUAUUUGAUUGGCAAUUGUGAAACAAAAGAAGAGAUUAAAAAAUAUUAUGAAGAGAUGGAACAAUCUGGAACCCACUUGACAAAAGAAGUUUUUGUAGCCCUGAUUCAUGCAUAUGCAGCUUGCUGUGAAGAUUAUGAAGAACAGGAUGUGUUAUGUAAUUUACAUGGCGAGUUGGAGAUGGUGAUUCUCCUACUCAAGGAGUUGAGUGGUCAAGAUUGGUUUGACGGUUUCAGGUGGGCUAUCCGGUACUCAAUUCAAAACAAAAAUUUAAGUUCUACCAUUGAACUGUUAAAACAACUCAAGGUUUAUUACAAUAAUGUUGCAUCCAAGAGGAUAAGUGGCACUUCUUUCACAAGAAGGAGACGGAAUGUUAGUUAUGAAGCGUAUGAUAUAAUUUCGAAAUUUGGGUCCACAUAUUUGCAAUUUGGAUUGGACUUACUGGAUCUAAUAAAAAAAGAGCGCCUUAGUCCUUCAAUGAUGUGUCUUGAUAUUCUCCUACAUCUUUGUGCCGAAUCAAGAGAUUUGAAUAAUGCUAAUUUCGUUUGGAGAGAAUAUGUAUUUGCUAAAAUUCCUCAUGGUCCAUUAAGCUACUUGAGUAUGUAUCACGUACUUUUGGCCUCAGGAGAUCACAAAUCUGCUGACAUUAUACUCAAUAAUGUUCCAAGUUUUUUAUCUGGUGUUGCUUCCCAUCUGAAGAAGCGCUAUUCCGCCAAAAUGGAUGAAGAAGAAGCAGUGGAGAAACAAAAUGGGAAGAAGAAGAAGAUGAAGAAGAAGAAGAAGAAGAAGCAGCCAAAAGACAGCAAGAAGAAAGGGAAGAAGGAGAAACCAAGGCGGUUGGAGUAGCUUUGAUGGAAGAAGAGUUCUGAAGAUGCGUAGGAGUGUGUGAUUUGUGUCUUAACUUUCAAGAGGGUUCACUACUUAUAUGUUGUGUAUUAAAAUAAUAAGCUGUUAUUUAUGCAUAUGUUUCUAUCUAA